GCGGCGGCGGCUGCGGCAAGUUCCUGAGGUGCGCCCGCGGGGGGCGUUCGCUCCGAGCGCCGAGAAGCCGAGCGGAGGAGGCGUCCCCGGGACACGCAGGGGAGGCCGGCCGGCCUGCACAGGGCACUCCCGCCUCGGGGGCCCUGUCUGGCGCCUGAGCGCGCGCCCCAAUGGUCACCUGCGCCCACCUGGGCCGGCGCGCGCGGCUCCCGGCAGCUCAGCCCUCUGCCUGCCCAGGAACCUACUUUUCCCAAGAGGAGAGAAUGGCCGCUGGGUACCUGCCCCGCUGGUCCCAGGAAUUAGUAACCUUUGAGGACGUGUCCGUGGACUUCUCCCAGGAGGAGUGGGAGUUGCUGGAGCCUGCUCAGAAGAACCUGUACAGAGAGGUGAUGCUGGAGAACUACAGGAACGUGAUCUCCCUGGAAGCCUUGAAGAACCAAUGUACUGAUGUGGGGAUUAAGGAGGGUCUGCUUUCCCCAGCACAAACCUCACAAGUCACUAGUCUUUCCUCGUGGACGGGGUAUUUACGUUUUGAACCAGUGGCUUCUUCCCACUUGGAGCAAAGAGAAGCCCUGUGGAUGGAGGAAAAAGGAACUCCUCAAGCCUCCUGUUCAGAUGGGAUGACUGUACUAAGGAACCAAGACUCAACUUACAAGAAGGUGGUUUUGCAGGAGGAACCAGCCAGUGGUAUAAAUACGAUAAAUCUUAUCAGAGAAGACAGGGGUUGGAAGCAAUUAGAGGAGAGCCAUGAAGACCCCCAGGGGCUUUGGAGCCAAAAGGCAUCCCUCCACGUAGUGGCCAUUCCUCAGGAGAAGGCUACUGCAUGGCAUGGAUUUGGGGAAAAUGGUAAUCUGAGCCCAGCCCUUGUUUUAUCACAGGGAAGCUCUAAAGGGAACCACUUGUGUGGCAGUGAGUUAGAUAUUACAAGCUCGGCAUCCGAUUCAGUCUUAAACCACCAUCAGAUGGGAUAUGCAGAUCAGAGACCCUGUGAAAGUAAUGAAUGUGGAAAUGCCAUCAGCCACAACAGUCACUUUAUUCAACACGAGGGGAAAAUGUUUGUGUAUUUGGAAAAUGGGCAGUCAUUGAACCACGGUAUGGCCCUGACUAUCCACAACAAAAUCAACACGAUAGAGAAACCCUUUGAGUGCCACCAGUGUGGGAAGGUGUUCAACCGGAGGCAUUCUUUGAGUGAACAUCAAAGAAUUCACACGGGAGAGAAACCCUAUGAAUGUCAGGAGUGUGGGCGAGCCUUUACGCACAGCUCCACCCUCACGCGCCAUCUGAGAACUCAUACUGGAGAGAAGCCCUACGCGUGCGGCGAGUGUGGGAAAGCCUUCAACAGGAUCUCAUCGCUGACUCAGCAUCAGAGGAUUCACACCGGGGAAAAGCCCUAUAAAUGCGAAGACUGUGGGAAAUCCUUCUGCCAGAGUUCUUACCUGAUCUUGCACAAGAGGACACACACCGGAGAGAAGCCCUACGAAUGCAGUGAAUGUGGAAAGGCCUUCAGCGACCGUUCCUCUCUCAACCAGCACGAGCGAACCCACACGGGCGAGAACCCCUAUGAAUGUAAGCAGUGUGGGAGAGCCUUCAGCCAGAGGUCUUCCCUUGUGAGGCACGAGAGAACUCACACAGGAGAGAAACCCUACAGGUGUCAGGAAUGUGGGAAAGCCUUCAGCCAGAGCUCGUCCCUUGUCACACAUCAGAAAACUCACAGCAGCCAGAAAACCUAUAAAAUCAUUGACUGUGGGAAAGCGUUCUACCAGAACAGACAUCUUAUUGGGUGUUAGCAAUUGCAUGCUGCUUUGUAAACCACUUUUUAGUACUCUGACACAUACAUAUGGUUAUCUUUUGCCCUGGUGUGAUGGAUAAUUUGAAAAGAAGUGGGUUUAUGUCACCUUCUCACCUUCUUGUAAGAAAGCUCUGAGAAUGGGCAUUUUUGCAUUUUGUUACUGUGGUUGUUGAGAUGGAGUCUGCCAUUCAGGCUGGAGUGCAGUGGCAUGAUCAUACCUCACUGCAGCUUCAACUUCCUGGGCUCAAGUAAUCCUCCCA